CAUAAAUGUUCUUUUUAUUCAAUUCAAAAAAAUUUUUGUCAUAUUUGAUAUUUUAUGCACUUAUCACAUAUUUCAAUUUCAUGCAGAUAUAAUUUUUUUUGACAUAAGCAUUCAAUUUUUUUGCACAGUAUUUUUACAGUAUUAUACUGGAUUGCAAAAGAAGUUUUACCAAUAUCGAGUCGGACAUUUUUUUACAAUAUUAUAUUUUUUUAUCAUAAUAAUUUCUGUUAUAUUGAUAUUAUAAAAAUGAUAUUAUGAUACCAGUGUGAGUUAUUGUUUGUAUUUUAUAUAGUACUUACUUUUAUUUUAUAUUUUCAUUAUUUUUUUUUUUUUAAUUAUGGUUUGUAAUGUACUUGAAUAAUAUUUUAAUAGAAUACUUAACAAUGUAUCCGAUUUGAAAAAAAACGCAUCAUAAUUAACGCACAAUAAGUUAUAUUCUUGUGGUGCUGUAAAGAAAAAUUAAUGGAGGAAAGAGAAGAAAAAGAAAGAAAAAGAAAGAUUCGUCCUGGGACUACCAGAAGAUUUAUCAAUAAAAUCUUCUGGCAGAUCCGUGCCUUAGACGCCGGGAUAGUAAGAACAAGAUGGGAAAUAUAUUUGUAGAAAAUGAGUGUUUGUCCACCAUUAAAAAGAAAGUGCUCGAUGGCGAAAAUAAAAAAUAAUCGCCACUUUUUAUUUAUUUAUAUAUUUGUAUUUAAUUUGCAUAUUAUUAAGCUAUCUUUUAUUAAAAAAAAUUUUUAAAAUGAUCAAAAGAUGCAUAUCAUACUAAUAUAACAUAGAAAUAAAUUUUCUUUUGCUAAUCAAUUAAUAUAAAAUGAAAUGACAAAAUCAAAUAUAAUUCUGAGAUUAAACGUGGUCAAGUUCAUAGAAGAAAAAGAUUUUAUAAAUAUAACACUAUUACAUCAAAAUUUAUAAUAUCAAAUUGUUAUAUGAGAAUUUCAAUAUAAAUUAAUAUUAUUAAAUAGCAAUAAGAGUACAACCCCAAAUUAAGGGUCCAUUCGCAAGUUAAAAGGAAAUUCUUGUUCUUAUAUCGCGAAUCGAUUUGACAAUGCAGAUAAAAUUCUAAUUUUAAGUUCUUUAAACAACUAUUAAAAGCAAUAUCCAUGUAAAUGCACCUUUCUUUUUACCAAUAUAUAUUUAUCAUCAAUGAGUAUACCUCACAGUAUAUGUAUAUACGUAUACUGUAUAGUAUAAUUAUAUAUUUGAAUCUCAAGUUUUUUUUUUCUUUUUAUUUUAAUUUAAAUUACAACGAUUUGUAAAAAAAAGCACACGAAUUUCUCUGAAGGACGAGCGAAAGAAAGAAAGAUAGAGAAAGAGAAAAUAUGUGUUUUAAAUGGUGAUAAUUAAUACACUUCACUUCACUUCACAAAUUGUUGCUUCAAUGAACAUCUGUAAAUUUUGAAUUAAUCUGUAUACUUAUAGAUAUACGUACAAAAUGUUGGUGACUAUUAGUUAGCAGAAUUUUUUUUUGUUUAACACGAAAUAAACGAUUUUUACUUAUUUAUUUAAUUUAUACUAAUUGUAGCACCAUUUUUUUGUCACUUAUAUAGAAAAAUAAAACAUUUCCAUUAUGUAUUAUCAAAUGUGUUUGCAUAAUGAUGGAGUAAAAUACUAAUAAUUUCAAUAAAUCAUGAAUUGUUUUAAUUUUACGUUCUACGACCCUAGCACUAAUUUUAGUUCUUUUUACAUAUCUUGUAUAUAUUUCUUGUUAAGAUUCUUGUAAAAAUAUAAGAUUCUCGAACGAAAAGAAAAAUAUUUCGAAAGAUAUAAAAAUGUUGUGCUUGACAGAUCCUCGAUAGAUGUCACUCUUAGUCGGCCGUUAUAUUGAUCAAGUUAGAUUUUCUAAGGACGCACGUUGAUAAGAUCUCAUAUUUGUCAAUUAUAUGAAAAAUUUAUUGCAAUAUCAAUAUAUCCAUUGAAACGAUUUUCAUUGAGUUUGCUGCGCGCCAUACGUGGAAUCUUAAUUUUUCGCCUAUGACGUCAUUUGUGAAUUACACAAGCGUCAUCGCUCAGUCUGUUGUGGAAAAUUUCAUCGAAUCCAUGGCAGCACCGAAUGAAAUCUGUUUUUCCUAAUAAAUACUUAAACAACACAUCGAAAUACGUCGUGUUAUCCAGUGGAUGUUUUGUUAAUAGUGGUAUUAUUUUCAAGGAAUAUUUCUUCGAACGAAGUGUGGUUAUAGUGCUUGAAAAGAAUUUAACAAUUUGUUACAAUGACGAUGCAGCAAUUCUGUUUACGAUGGAACAAUCAUCAACCAAAUUUCAUUUCGGUGUUUUCAAAUUUGUUAAAUAAUGAGACUUUAGUGGAUGUGACAUUAGCUGCUGAAGGCAGGCAUCUUCAAGCACACAAAGUUGUUCUAUCUGCAUGUAGUACAUAUUUCCAGUCAUUGUUUACUGUGAAUCCAUGUCAACAUCCCAUUGUGAUAUUAAAGGAUGUAAAAUUCUCAGAUUUGAAAAUCAUGGUUGAUUUUAUGUACUAUGGUGAAGUAAAUAUAUCACAAGAUCAAUUACCAUCAAUUAUAAAGACUGCAGAGAGCUUGAAAAUAAAAGGACUUGCAGAAAUGCACAGUGCUUCUUUAACAAAAUGGCCAAGUGGUAGUAGUGAACCUGGAGGAGGAGAUCGUGGAGAAUCUUGUUCACCCAGUCCUUCUCCAUUGUCACCAUCUUUUCGUAGAAAGAGAUUAAGAAAAUCAUCAACAGGAUCAACAUCUGGAUCUGGUGAUAAGCCAGAAGAAAUGAAUGAAAUCACUUUAGUUGCUACCAAUAUUGUAAAACCAGAACCAUUAAUAGUUUCACAAGAAAAUAAUGAAAAUGUAAGAAGACCUGUUAAUACGAAUACUGAAUCUCAAGGAAGUAUUGAUGAGGAUCAAAUAUCAAUUAUGAGUAAUAUGGAGAAUAGUUCAACAACAACACCAGCACAAAGUGAUGGCUCGAUACAAGAUGUAAAUCAACAAUCAGGAGGAAAUGUAGCCCAAAGUUCAGUUUCUUCACAACAACCUCCUGCACAUCAAGUCAUUUACGCCAAGCAGGUAGGUCCGAAGAGGUAUCGUCUGUUGCGCCAGCCACGAGUCAAGAAGGAAUCGAAUCAUUUGUCGCCAGACAGCGAGGCAUCUUCACCGCACAUCGUUUCUUCCCCCAUUUACGUGACGACCCCAACGCUCAGCUUGCCGCAAACGUCGAAAAGCUUGGACGAAACGAGAAUUUCACCGUUGCCGCCGCAAUCGAUUCUGGUGAACCAGCCUAGUCUGUUGACAGUGACCACCACGACGAACCUGUUGACCGUACCCCAGCCAUCCUACUUGAUGAAACAACAUUCCCACCCGCUCUUGUCCACCCAGCAACAAUCAUCCGGUGGAAAUUAUUGGAUACACAGGCAACACUCGAAUCCGGAAUUCCCCAGGAGAACGACAAGUCCCUCGAUCGUCGUGGAACCGGCACCUGUCAUUAAAACGGAGGAGGAUAUUCUGGAGGAUCCAGUUGCCACCACCACUACCACUACCUCUACUACCGAUAGCACUACUACAGCAGGCUCUACGUCUGGAUUGAGGGUGAAAACUACGGAGCUUAGACGGAGUUCAUCGUCACCCCAAACAACGAGCAGGGAAUCGCGAGAGAACACGGGUGAUCUACGUGUCGGCCAUUGUCCAGUAUUACGUCCAGGGCCGGCACUGCGCUGUAAUCAUUGUUGGAACACGAUAGACGCCCAAGGGAGGACGCUUCGUAGGAAAACGAAGUAUCAUUGUCCCCAGUGUCAGGACAACCUGUGCAUUGUACCCUGUUUCCAAGAGUAUCACGAGCGACGAGAAUUGAAGUUGAAACCUUUGCCGAAAACGAGUUCGGUCUAAAGCGUUUUCGUUUUGUAAAUAUAUCAUUUUUGAAUCGUACACGUCAAUUUCGAGCACGUGGUUUUAACUGAUGUAAAACUAAUCGAUGAUGACUCUACAGUGAGCCGUGUGAAUUGUUCGAUUUGUAAUCGAUGAUCAUCGAUUUAAUCUUUUGCCUUUUUCGUCCAGGCUCAAUUAUUUUUGUAAGUGUAUUUCGAUACACUCGCAAUGGUUCUCCAUGAUGCCAUAAAAUUAACCCGAGGUUUUGAAAGAAUUUGGAAUGGAUCAUUUUUAAGAGAUCUUUCGAGCGUGAGAACUGGUUUUUUUUCAUUGUAUUGUUGUUUGUCAAAUGAUAUUUUGAAAAGAAAAGAAUGGAAAAAGAAGAAUUGAAAAUGAAAGUUCCUAAAGAUAUUAGUAGAAUGAUACUGUUGAAGAUUUUUAAAUUAAUGAGACAUGAAAUGUUUGUAAUUAGAGGUUCAUUUGGGCUUUUAAGUAGUAAAAGUAAAAGAAUAAUAUUAAUUUAUGUUAUAAUCGAUAUGUUAUAUCGAAAUUGAUUCUAUGUUUCUUAUUAUUGAUUACACAAUGAAAAUAUUCUAAUUUUUUAGAAUAAAAAAAUAUACGCGUUGAUAAUUUCAAUAUUAUUGUAAAAUAUUUUUUGUUUAUAAAUAUUUGAAAGAAUUUCUGAAAGAAAGCUUUCUUCUUAUAAAUUUUAAACAAUUUAAAACAAACAUAAUAGGACAAUGAAAGUCUUAUAUAGAAUGAUAUAAAAUUAUUGCUGAAGUUUGUUGCAUAUUAAAAAUAGAUGAGAAGAAGACAAGUUGUCUUUCUACUUAAAAAGUAGAAAUAGUACUUAAUCUAUAUGCACUUAAUUAAAUCCUUAACUCAGAUCAAACUCAGGCUUAAUCAGACUAAAAGAUCAUCAAUUCCAAUUAAUUUUAACAAACUUGAAUCUAACUUAAUACAAAUAUAAAUAUAUCAGAAUACUUACUAGUUUGAUUCAGUAGAAAUAACUUAAGCAUCAUAUAACAACAAAAUUAAAAUUUAAUUUGGACUAUUAUAAAUAUAUUCAACGCAAA